AAAUCUCUCUCUCUCUCUCUCUCUCUCUCUCUAUCUCUCUCUAGUAUUGAAUACUUGAAUACGCCAGAGUCCCAGACGGCCAGAGUACGUUAAUGUGUAAAAAAGGCAGGAGAAGUUACUGAGUUAGUCUUUAACGUUAUUUUGUAGAUAUUAAUUUCUCUCUAAAACACAAUAGUUCGUCAACAAAUUCAACGAGGAGUGAGGGCUUAAAUAACUAGUCUCACUCAAUUAACUUAUUUUUUUUUCUAUUUGUUCUCUCUCUCUUCUCUGUUCUCUCUAUACCUUUCUCCUUCCCUGUCUACAUGUCUGUUCGCGUUUACUAUCGAAGACCAUACCGGAAGUCCGGCAUUAGUUCACCCACCGCAGGCAGAGUCGAUAAGAGAGAUCGGUAGUUCUUAGUUUUAAGAGAGCUUUUAAAACUUAAUUUUGUUGCCAAAGUUGGAGAGGUAGUGUCUAUUUUCUGGGAUUUACAACGAAGAUUGUGUGAGAUUUUUGGUAGUUGGUGAUGUGUCUCUCUCUCCAAUUUCUUGAAGCAGAUUUAUCAAAAAUUAAAGAGCCUUUAAUUUUUUCCAAUUGAGUUAUUUCUUUUUGGUUAUUCUGGUUCAUCUCACCUUUUCGCCAGCAGAACGAGUACUGAGAGUUUUGUAGCUGUAUCUUGACAGAGAUCUGUUAGUUUUUUUCUGGCGGGUGAUUUUCUGUGAUUUUUCUGGCUUCAUCAGAACUUAGGAUUCUCUCCUCCGGUUAGGAAAGAUUACUUUUUUCCAGUUUUUUUCCCUCUUGUAAGGAUUCUUUUUUUCACCUCUGUGCUGGUCUGGCUUCUGCGAUUUUCUGCAACUAUUGGAGCCGUGUAGAGAAGGAUUUGACAAUGAGGUUUGAUUAAGAUGGAGAUAUAAGGAAAAUCGGCAAUUUCCAUACAAUUUAAGCGUUGGUGGAGAAAAGUAGUGAUUGACUAUAUCAUUGCAGACAAAGCUUGUGAAGAACCUAGUAGUCUGGAGAUGGACUUCGGCAGAGGGCUUUCAAUUCCAGAAGGUAGACAGGAAAAUUUUCAGAUUCAGGGCGGUUGGAUUCCGGCAACACCCGGAAACCCCAUUCCGACGAGGUGGUUGCAGACAAGCGCAGCUGAGGGAGAAGGGAGUCAGGUGGGAAGGACAAAUUGGCUAGAAUCGCUGGGUUUCAGGCCUGGACUGUCCCAAGAGACUCCCUCUGCAAAUGGGGCCACUGCAUGCUUUGAUUCCAUGGCUUCUCAUGGUCAGAGCAGGCGGCUUGCUAAUUGGGACUCAGCCACAGCCUUGGCCGGAAGUAGUAGCGUCUCCGGUGGUAUUGAGGAUGGGUGGAACAACAUUCCUUAUGUGAACCUCAUGGCGUCCGUGGCUUCGUCCAGUGCAAGUGCUAAUCUACAAGGAAGCCAUAAUGCAGCGAGUAACCCACCUUUCUUCCCUGUCUAUUAUUUUGCAAGCAAUUAUAAUAUGAACCAAGAUCGCUCACUCAACUCUGAGUUCUGGAAUAACAGCAACUGGCAAUCUGAGCCUCUGAAUGGAUUACCAGUUCUUUGUCACAGUUAUGAUCUUAAUUCACCACCAAAAACAAUGGCCGACUGUCCCUCAGACGGGGUUGCAUCAAUGCCGUUUGCACCGGUAACACCAGAGAAGGGCCAGAUACUUCAAGAAAUAACAAACCCAUCUGCAGGUGAGAGAUCGUACAGGAAACAGGAUAAGCAGGAAGUAUUGACAAGUCCCAAUGGGAAUGAAAUUAUCGAGCUUGACGGCGGGGGAUGCUCACAGCCCAUGAGAUGCACGAAUGAGGUUACAGAGCUUCAAACUGAAUUCUCACAUCCCCAAGUGGGCACAUCUGCUGCCAUUUCAACUACAUUAAUGGAAAACAACCAUCUUGGGAAGGCAGAAAACCAUGACAUUGAUCUAAACAAGACACCACAGCAAAAGUCUAGGAGGAAGAAGCACAGGCCCAAAGUCAUUGUAGAAGGGAAACCCAAAAGGACUCCAAAGUCAGUAACUCCGAAUCAGAAUCCGCCAGGGAAGAGGAAGUACGUGAGGAAGAAAAGCCUCCAGGACUCGGAAACUCCAUCUGCAGAGGCUGUAGUGGAGGCAAUAGAUCCAUCACCCAAUUCCAGUGCGAAAUCAUGCAGGCGGGCACUGAAUUUCAACUUGGAAGACAAAAGAAGAGAGGAACACCCGCACACAUCACUCGAUAAUCAGGAGGGGUUUCUGCACAACAGUGUUGGAAGCCCUUCUUCAAGGUGGCUAUUUAAUUUGAAUUCAGAAUCUCAGGCCCAGGACUUAAGCAGUGUAAUUGAUGGUGGCUCAGGAACCAAAUCAACCGUGCAGCUUGGGCAAGGUGUUGAAGUGACAGUGAACAACACACCUGCUGGGCUUGCGUAUGACCUUAACUGUUCCCUGAACCAGGUGAUCAAAGACUACAUAUCCCUGCCUGAAACAGACCCUGCGCCACAAUCUGCAAAGAGAGUCCCAACAGAGAAUUCACAUUGCAUUUCAAAGAACAGAAAUGAAAUGGAGAACCCCUGUUCCAGCAUAAGCAAUGGAGAAAACAAUCAUAGUCUCCUCAACCAACAAGCUCAAGGAGAGGGAAUCAGUCGCAUUGCGUUCCAAACAGGAGCUACUCUUCUCCGCAAUGAAAAAUUGAUGCAACCAUUAUUGCAGUGUCGUUCACAAUCUAUGUCAAUAGGUGAAAAUGAUCCCAAUAGCAAUCUCUGUGUACCAUAUGUUGAGAACGAACAAGCAAGGGGAUCAAAAAGAGAAUAUUCUCAUACAAUUGACAAGGCACAUGCACAGGCCAUGAAUAUGAGAGGAGGAAUCCAACAAAAUUCUUUGCAGACUUACCAGGAGAUGCUUCAAGGUAGUGGUUACAACAGAAACAGAAACAGAAACAACCUAGGCCUAAGUUUUCCAGAAAUUUGCAAGAAAAGGAGGACUGAGAAGGCCCAACAUACCACUCCUUGUAGUUCAUCUUCUACAGCAGUGAACAGAGUUGGUUGGGGCCAAGAAUGGCAGAGUUACCAUGGAACAGCAGACACUAAGUUCAAUGAUAUGCUCAGCACAAGGGGACCAAAGAACAGGAACAGUAAAUCUGUACGAGAUGUGCAUGCUCACUCUGCACAAACGAAGAGUUUUCCAAUCCAAGAUAGUACCAUUGAUCCACUUUCAUUCAGCAGGACAAAUUUUUCUGGACUGCAAUCUUCUGGAUUUAUGCUUACCUUUGGCCUCGGAGAAAGGAUGACAAAGAAGAGAUCCAAAGCACCUACGCGGGUACGGGACCUGGCCUCCCUAAUUGCAAUUCCGCAGUGUACCCAGUUGCCAUCAACACCUCUGAAAACAGCACCAACAUUGGGUGAAAGGCAAGGAACAGAUAUUAUCCAUAGACCACAAGCUGGUCUAGAAGCCUUUGUUGCAGAAAAUUAUGCAAAGAAAAAGAGGACAAGAAAAGGAACCCCAGCCACGUUAAGAGGUCGGUCACAAGUAACACAGACAAACAUUGUUUCCAUAGAUGCGAUUGUUCAGAGGUUGAGGCACCUCGACAUCAAUGGAGAAACAAACAGAAUUCCAGACCCAGAGCAAAAUGCAUUGGUUCCUUACAAUGGCAAUGGCACAAUGGUUCCUUAUGAAGGAGUGUUUGAUCCUACAAGAAGACGGCGGCCACGACCCAAAGUUGACCUUGACCCUGAGACUGAUAGAGUUUGGAAGCUUCUGAUGGGGAAGCCAGCCAUCGAAGGGAUGGAACAUAUGAACGAGAAAACGGAGAAAUGGUGGGAAGAAGAACGGAGAGUAUUCCAGGGACGGGCAGACUCAUUCAUUGCCCGAAUGCAUCUUGUCCAAGGGGAUAGACGCUUCUCACAGUGGAAAGGAUCAGUCGUGGACUCAGUGGUAGGCGUCUUCCUUACUCAGAAUGUAUCUGACCAUCUAUCCAGCUCUGCCUUCAUGUCCCUUGCUGCGAGAUUUCCUCUCCAGUCAAAGAGCAAUAAGCAAGCAUGCUUUAAAGAAGGAACAACUACAUCAUUUGAAGAGCUUGAGGUAUGCGUGCUAGACACAGAGGACACCAUCAAAUGGCAUGAAAACAUGCCAAGUCAGUUAGCCUGUGACCAGAGCUCUAUGACAUUCCAUGAAACUGGACACAUUGAAGAACAGGAAGUGGCUAACAGCAAUGAAUCAUUUGGGAGCAAUUUGGGAGAUGGUUCCACUGACAAUUCAAGAGGCAAAGAGUUGCCUGUUUGCAGCAGCAGUCCAGGGAUGUCCCAUGAUUUGCUCCCAAACAUUACAGAGAGCCUGACCAAAAAUAUAGGAAUGGUGAAUUUUAUACAAGAGGAUAGAAAAGCAAUUGAAGAUGCAGUUUCAUCUCACAACUCUACAGAGUCUUCUACUUUCCAGAUCAUUGAAAGGAAUGGAUCAUGCUCAGACUCCAACUCAGAAGCAGAAGAUCUGGUAACACAGAGUCCAUCAAAGUCAUCAUCUGAUGGUCUUGAUGGUUGCACUUUUACAGAGAGACUACAGAUGGGAAGAAACUCCAUGUCCCAGGAAUUUUACAAUUGUGGAAAUGGGAGCUCUUCAUUUAACCAGAGCCCCAACGGUGAAGAGAACCAAUCAAAAGGUAUGGACUCUGACAAGCAUAGAUCAAGCAUGGUCAGGAUAGGCUGCUUAAAAGACUCAUCUGCAUACAUCUAUCCACCCAAUUCAUGUCUGCCCCAUAAACAAGUGCCCAUCCAUUCCAGUACAUACAGUUUGCAUGUUACCCCCAACUCAGAAUUACUGGAAGUGCAAUGCCCAGAGACGUUAGGAGAAGUAAGCAGAUCCCCCUUGCCUUCAAGUGCUUCAGAAAUCACCAAGACAAAACAUGCCAAUUCCACUAGCAAACAAGAUGAACUUGUGCGAGAGUGUGCAAGUGCAACUACAGUUCAAAAGGCACCAUCAAGUGCUCAAGAAAAACCACCAGCUGAUCUGUAUGAAUCACUAAACAAGCACCAGAACCAGACAUUGUAUGGUUUGCAAACGGAAACUUAUAGUGAGAGGAACCCAAAAUCCUUCAAUCAUCAACAGAGAGAUAGGAUGGAGGCAUUCCAGUCAGAAAACACUAUACUUGGAGAACCUACAAAUGUUCGUGAAUUGGCUGGAAGGCAAGACAAUGGAAUGCAACAAGUAUCAAGUUUACUGAAUUUUUCAGAAGUUUUAGAUGCCGAAAAGGGAUGUUUAGAAGAUCAAGAAAAAUGCAGAGAGAACAAGUUGUUUCAAUCAAACUUGAAAAAGCAAGUUUAUGUUUCUGACUACUCAGCCACUGGCAGUACAAAGAAUUUGAAAGCAAAAAAGGAGGCAGGGAAAAAGAAAGAAUUUGAUUGGGAUAGUUUACGAAAGAAUGCUUUUGAAAAUGGUGGAAAAAAAGAAAGAAGUAGCAAUACAAUGGACUCACUGGACUGGGAAGCAGUGAGAUGUGCAAAUGUUAAUGAGAUUGCUAAUGCCAUCAAAGAACGAGGAAUGAACAAUAUGCUUGCCGAGAGAAUCCAGGAUUUCCUCAACCGAAUUGUUAGGGAACAUGGAAGCAUUGAUCUUGAAUGGUUGAGGGAUGUUCCACCCGACCAAGUAAAGGAAUACCUGCUGAGCAUAAGGGGCUUGGGCCUAAAAAGUGUGGAGUGUGUGCGGCUUCUGACACUUCAUCAUCUUGCUUUUCCAGUUGACACAAAUGUUGGCCGCAUAGCCGUACGGCUGGGAUGGGUGCCACUACAACCUCUGCCAGAGUCACUUCAAUUGCAUCUUCUAGAAAUGUACCCGGUGCUGGAGUCAAUUCAGAAAUAUCUUUGGCCACGGCUGUGCAAACUGGAUCAACGGACACUGUAUGAAUUGCAUUAUCAGAUGAUUACAUUUGGAAAGGUUUUCUGUACAAAAAGCAAACCAAAUUGCAAUGCAUGUCCAAUGAGAGGAGAGUGCAAACACUUCGCAAGUGCAUUUGCAAGUGCAAGAUUUGCCCUGCCAGCUCCAGAGGAGAGGAGUGUAGUAUGUUCAACUGCUCCACUUGAAUCUGAGCACAACCGAACUUUGGGUAUCGACAAUCAAACAGUGGGUAUCAACACAAUGCCAUUGCUUCUACCUGAGGCAAACCCACCAGAUGCAGCACCAGAAAAUAAGGAGGAUAAAAAAAGCUGUGAACCUAUCAUUGAAGUCCCAGCAACACCAGAACCUGAAUGCACAGAAAUAUCACAAAGUGAUAUUGAAGACAUUCUUGAUGAUCCUGAUGAAAUACCAACAAUCAAACUUAAUAUUGAAGAGUUCACAAUGAACUUACAGAAUUACAUGAAUGAGUACAGCAUGGAACUUCAAGAGGGAAACACGUCUCAGGCUUUAGUUGCUUUGACUCCAGAAGCUGCUUCUAUCCCUGUGCCAAAGCUGAAGAAUGUGAGCAGGCUACGAACUGAGCAUCAAGUUUAUGAACUCCCUGAUUCACAUCCUCUUCUGGAAGGGCUGGACAAGCGAGAACCAGAUGAUCCGUGUUCAUACCUUCUUGCUAUAUGGACUCCAGGUGAAACAGCGGAAUCAAUUCAACCACCAAAAGGCAGUUGUGGUGCUCAAGAAUCAGGCAAACUAUGCAAUGAGAAGACGUGCUUUUCAUGCAACAGUAUACGAGAGGCAAAUUCCCAAACAGUCCGAGGGACUCUUUUGAUACCAUGCCGAACAGCAAUGAGAGGUAGCUUUCCACUCAAUGGCACGUACUUUCAAGUAAACGAGGUAUUUGCUGAUCAUGAUUCUAGUGUUAACCCGAUUGAUGUUCCAAGGUCAUGGUUAUGGAAUCUAUCAAGAAGGACUGUUUACUUUGGUACCUCCAUACCAACAAUAUUUAAAGGUCUAACAACAGAAGGAAUUCAACACUGCUUUUGGAGAGGCUUUGUCUGUGUAAGGGGAUUCGACCAGAAAAAUCGAGCGCCUCGUCCACUAAUGGCCAGACUGCACUUUCCAGCAAGCAAGCUGGCCAGGACAAAGACAUGAGGAAAUGAAGAGUAGGCCAUGUGCAAAGUUUAAAGCCAAUACAAAAAUCCUAGCUAGCAUCUGUCCAUUUGAAGAUCAGAUCGCUGACCAACCUACUGCUGUAAAUCAAUGCCACCUCCUCUAACAUGAGGGCAUUCAUCAGCGGGGACUAAUGCAAAGUCAGUAUGGAAAGAAAAGAUUGAUGGGCCAAGUUAAAUUUGUAAAAUCCCAUGUUAUGUGGGCGUGUAGUUUGUACAUGAUAACAUUAUGAUGAUUAUUUCAUUCCAUAUGCUCGAAAUCGGGCCAUUCUUCUUAAAGGAGCCAAUGUCAACAAAAAUAAAGAUCGAAUAUAUUUGUCAACUUGUUUCAUUUGUACUAUGCAUGUGGUAUGUACAAUGUAUAAAUCAAAAAGCAGUUUUUCUUA